UUGAAUUUUAAUCCCAGAUUAUGAACUUCACGCACAUGAACACACACUACUGGGAGAGGUGAAAGCGUCUGUUGUUAUAGGGAAGAAAGUCAGAACUGAAAAUAUUAUUUAUUAUUGCAUGUAAUGUAUGAUAGAUAGAUACUCUUCCUCCAUGCGAAGAGCAGUAAACUUGUUGGUAGUAGUAGUAGUAUUAUAAAGGAAGGAUACAGGAGGGCAGCUUUAUAAAAAUAAGAAGGUUAUAAAAGGUGGGAUUGACUGCCCCACGGGUGGGCUCUCUGCCAAUUUUCUUUCGUUUCUUUUGGUGCAGCUUCCUUCCUCGCCUUCUUGCCGGUUUGAGUUUACAACCGCUGAACUCAACGCCACCUCCCUUUCUUCUCUCCUCUCGUCAGCUUCUUAUUAGUGGGAAAGAAGACGAGAGUCAAUGAGAGAACUCCAAACAACCCCACAAAAUAAAGCUCUUAUGUCAUAGUUAGCUCCAGACACCGCCCAGACAUCAGACCCCCCCCCCCCCUCCUUCUCUCUUACUCUCUCUCUCUCUCUCUCUCUCUGUCUUCCUCCCUCCCUUCCCAUCAGAUAAGAAAAGAAGAUUUCAAGGGUUUUUUUGUUUUUAUCUUUUGUUUCUUUAAUUUUCUUCCAUAUCCCCUCUCUCUCUCUUUCCCUAAGCAGAAGUAAGCAGGGAAGAGAGGGAUGGAGAUGGGAUUGAUGGAGUUGAUCAUGAUCAUGAUCAUCAUCAAUCAUCAGGAAAAGAAAAAAAGAAACAAAGAGAGAUCAUCACCAUCAUCAUCAUCAUCAUCACCACCACCACCCUUGAACCCACCAAACCAAAAAUUCUCUCUCAGACUUUAGAAUUUUUAGGACUAGAGAUUACCCCACAUCCAUUCGCCCCCCACAAAAAAAAUUAAGCCCACAGCAACCCUCCCCCCCACCCCCCCCCCAAAAAAAAAAAAAAAAAAAUGGAACUCACUGAUUUACAGCAGCACCAAACAAAUAAACAGACCAACGCCAACAAUACCAAUACUUCCUCCACCACCACCACCUGCACCACUUCACAAUCUUACCACUUCUCACCCUUCCACCUCCACCACCACCACCAUCAGCAGCAGCAUGGCCGCUCUGCCCCAUUUAUAGCCUCUAUCUCCAUCCCACCACCAGCUGCCCUCACAAGCAGUGUUGCUGGUGCUACUAGUACAACUUGUGCGGCUGCAGCCGGUGGCAACCGCACCCCAUCAUCCGCCUCCCCCUCCACACCCUCCACCAGUGCUUCUCCUUCCUCCGCCGCCGUCGAUGCCUCCUUAGCUAUAGCCACCAGAUCCGAAACCUUGAUUGACCCCUCCAAGAAGCCUCCUCAACAACAGCAAGAAGCAGCCCAACAGCAGCAGCCACCCAAGAGAUCCACAAAGGACCGCCACACCAAAGUUGACGGCCGAGGCAGGCGUAUCCGAAUGCCGGCUGCCUGUGCAGCUAGGGUUUUCCAGUUGACUCGAGAGCUAGGUCACAAGUCCGACGGCGAGACAAUCGAGUGGCUUCUACAGCAAGCCGAGCCAGCCAUAAUCGCCACCACCGGCACGGGAACCAUCCCGGCUAACAUUUCAACCCUCAACAUAUCCGUCAGGAGCAGCGGCUCCACUCUCUCUGCUCCUCCUUCAAAAUCAGCUCCUCAUUCUUUCCACAGCGCGCUGGCCUUAGCUCACCACCCCUAUGAGGAAGGGUUUUCCCACAUGUUGGGUUUUCAGCAACAGCAGCAGCAUUUGUUAGCAGCAAAUCAAAUGACGGAAGCGAUUCCCAGCGGAGACGGUGGCGGAGAUAGCGGCGGCGGCGGUGGGCAAGAUGCCACGGAGAGUUAUUUAAGGAAAAGAUAUAGGGAAGAUUUGUUCAAAGAGGAAGGAUCAAGCGGCCGCCAAGGAGACGGCGCAGAUGAAACUUCACCUUCUCCUCCAAAUAAGCAAUUCAAAGUAGGAGGUGGUGGUGGUGGCAUGCAGAUACCGAAAACACAAGAUGUUGGAGGGCCAUCAUCCGGCAUGCUGAGGCAUGCCAAUAUGAUACCCGCCACUGCCAUGUGGGCAGUGGCACCGGCACCCAACAGUGGUGGCGCAACUGGUAGCGCGUUUUGGAUGUUACCAGUUACUGCUGGUGGCAGCAGCCAGACAAUAUUGGCGGCCACAUCUGGCGGGGCUGUUCAGCAGCAGCCAACAGAGCAACAGCACCACCACCACCAGAUGUGGCCAUUUCCGAGCUCCAGUGGGAACACGCUACAGGCUCCCUUACAUUUCAUGCCGAGGUUUAAUAUCCCCGCCGGGAACCUUGAGACGUUUCAAGGUGGGAGAGCUAGCCCACUGCAGCUGGGAUCAAUGCUAAUGCAACAGCAACAGCAGCAGCACCCGUCUCAGCAUUUAGGUUUGGGAAUGUCUGAGUCUAACCUGGGGAUGUUGGCAGCUCUGAAUGCUUAUUCAAGAGGGGUUGGUAAUUUAAAUAUGAAUUCUGAUCACCAAAACCACCCAAUGGAUCAUCAACAGCAGCACCAGCCUCAACCUACAGAUAGUGGAGAAGAUGGUCCAAACAGUUCUCAGUGAUAGUUUUGAGUUCUGAUUUGAUUCUGCAGGGGUUGUUUCACCGCAUACCAAUUCGUCCAUAUGCCAAGUUGAUAUUCUCAACUAUAUAUGUACAUGUAUGUAUAUGGGAGUAGAACUGAAGGAUUGAUUGGCUGGGUUCGUUUUGCAGUUUCCAGAUUAAUUAGGACAUGGUGAUGAAUUAAGUGCUUGAAGGAUUCAUGAAUGAUGAAGAUUUUUCUCUCCUUGAAGAGAAUAGUGAGGUAUCUUCUUCUCCAUUUUCUUUCGUCUGUGAUCACUACUAUCGAUCGUAAUUAUUUUUUGGUUUGUAUUUUUUUUUUUGGUUUGGAAUAUUUUCUAAUAGUAGUAGUAGAUAGUUAUCGUGGAGGAUUUGCCAUUGUACAAGUUGUUUAGCUUGGUCCAAAGGGACAUUAAGUAGAAGCGAAAAGAGAGAGAGAUUGUCUGUAUAGGAGGAUUCCGUAUAUUUGUUGAGUAUAAUAUUACUGAUAUUCCAAUUUGUUUUGCUCA